CAAUGUGGUCGCCAUCGUAGAGCGAGAAGGCCGGUGAGUAAUGGAAGUAGCCGAGAAGUGGAGGUGAUACCGGCUAAAUGGUUACGAUGUCGGAAGGAUGAGCCAUAUCAUCAUGAUAGGAAAGUCGCUCAUAAACAGAAGGUAGGUGGCACGACGGCUCAGUGCCAAGGUGAAAAAGGAAGUGAUAGGGUAGCAACAAUUUUGUCAAUAGAGCCGCCUAGGAUGUUAAUGAUAAAGAUAGAAGGACACGAUGUAUUAUUUGAAUUGGAUACGGGAGCUUCGAUGUCAAUCAUUGAUGAAAGAACAUGGCGUAAAUUAGGAGCACCAGAAUUGAGAGAUUCAGGUGUGGAGGCAACAGCAUAUAAUAACGAACGCAUUAAAUUGCAGGGACAGAUGUUAGCAUCUGUCGAAUUUGCAGGUCAUAAAGCAGAAAUGGAGUUACAUGUAUUCAAGCAAGCUACUCACCCGCUAUGUGGCCGAGAUAUGAUUAAAGCCUUGCAAAUAGACUGUGGGCCACACUAUAAUAAGGUGCAUAGCCUCCAGGAAAUGAGUCAGAUCCAGUUAAAAAAUGGAAUUGUUCGCCUCUUACAAGAGAACAAAGAGCUCUUCGAAGAAGGCUUGGGAAAAUGUACAUCAUUUAAAGCCACGCUAAAGUUUAAAGAGAAGCCCACCCCAAAAUUUUUCAGAGCGCGACCAGUGCCGAUAGCGCUGAGACCAAAAGUGGAGGCGAAGCUACAAGAAUUGGUAGCUAAUGGAUCGCUACGGGCGGUAGAUCAUAGCCAGUGGGCGACCCCCUUAGUAGUAGUUCCAAAACCAGGGGGGAAAAUAAGAAUAUGUGGAGAUUAUAAAAUCACAGUUAAUCCGCAACUUGAUAUAAACCAAUACCCGUUGCCAAAACCUGAGGACUUAUUUCACCUGUCUAGGCUAGGAAGGAAUCCUAUCAGAACGCAGCUGCAUCCCUGGGAGGAACCGGAGAGGGUUUGGCAACGAGUACAUAUGGAUUUUUGUGAUACCACAAAUGGGUCAAAAUGGUUAGUCUUGGUAGAUGCAAAGUCGAAAUGGCCGGAAGUAAUUAGGAUGGGGUCAACAACCGCAGGAAGAACAGCGGUGAAAUUGAAGGAGGUGUUUAGCAGACAUGGGUUACCAGAGCAGCUUGUAUCGGAUAAUGGACCGCCAUUUACAUCAAAGGAUUUUAAGGAAUACUGCGAACAGCGCGGAAUUCAGCAGAUAUUCACCCCUCCUUACCACCCAAAUUCGAACGGGGAAGCGGAGAGGUUUGUGCAGACGUUCAAAAACUCGCUGUAUAAAGGGCUAAAAGCAGGGAAAUCGGAAGAAGUGGCAGUGAGUGACUUACUCUUGGAGUAUAGAGUCACGCCGCAUGUGGCGACGGGGAAGAGUCCCGCUGAGCUUCUGAUGGGCCGAAGAUUGAGGACAGUAUUUGAUAUAAAGAAAUCAGGUGUGAUUGCAAGGUCAAACAAAUAUAAGGAGGAUAUGAAGAAAUAUUACAAUCGUGGUAAAAAGGAACGGAAGUUUGGAGUAGGGCAAGAAGUAUUCAUUAGGAAUUAUUCAGGCAGUGAACAGAAGUGGAUCCCGGGCAUAAUCACCAGGGUGCUGGGCUCCUGCACCUAUGAGGUGCAUUAUGGAGUUGGUCAAAGGAAGGUCCAUACGGAUCAGAUAAAGGAGCGGGUAAUACCCUGGGAAUGUACGGAAGAUUACAUGUUAGGAAAAGGGGAUAAGUCAAAAGGGAAAAGCCUAGAAGAAGAGACAGAGGUGAUCAGAUUGCGUAGGUCUGGAAGGAAGCGGAAGGAGACUGAAAGAAUGAAGGAAUACAGAGAAGAAAAGCGAAGACGUGUUAAUCUGAUCGGAAUGAGAGUGAUAAGUAUCUUGGAUAGGGCUUAUCCGGAAGUAGUGGGUAUAAAAGCCGGUGGAGUGAGUAAGGUCCAGUUAUGUGGUUCCUGCCUCUGUCUACACCGCCAGAAUCGCCAGUGCAGUCACAGUGGGCCACGGCUAACCACCCGGUAUUUGUGGCUCCGGUGGCCCCGAUGUCGCCUAUGGCAAGCACGCCGGCUGUUAGCCCUGCCUCGUAUCAAGGAAGCCAAGUCCACAUGGCUCCAUCUCCGCAGGUUGUGGUAUUGCCGCAACCGCAACAACAAGCUGUGUAUAUUCCGAUGUUUCCGUCGCCGCAAACUGCUGGAGGAUCGUCAAGAGGACCAAGGCGCCGUGGACGGGGGAGAAGACCCCCGGCGUGGGUGCGACGCCUUCCGCAGUUGCAGCGGGAAACCGUGGCGGGACGAGAGUGUCCGCCGCGAUAGAGCCCGCUCCAACGCGGAGGGUUCGCGCGCCCAGUCGCGUGAGCGUCCGAGACGCCAGUAUGAAGAAAAUGAGCGUCAAGAAGAAUCCGCG